CCUCACGUGGGGGCUGCUCCGGGAAACGUCUUUCCCGAGCGGGCCCGAGCCCGGGCGAUGACGACGCCCCAGCGGGCGCCUCGCGCGGAGCUGGGCGACGCCGAGGCGGGCGACGCCGAGGCGGGCGCGGAGGCUGGCGCGCCGUCGACGCAGGCGGCCGCGGCCCCGACGGCGGCGGCCAGCGCCGGCGUGGAGGUGGCGGGCUUCGACGGCUCACUGCUGGAGGCCAUCGCCGACGGCGUCGUGGCGCAGCCGCCGCUGCUGGCCUUCGGCGCCUGGGUGCAGUGGCGUGCCGGCCCAGGGCGCCGGCUCCGCACGGCGCCCGCGAUCGCGGCCAGCGAGAGCGCGCUCUGGCGGAGCACGAUGGGGGCGCUGCACGGCCAGGACUGGCAGGCGCGGCUGCGCCUGCAGGCGCCCGCCGCGGCUCGCAGCCCCGCGACGCCGGCAGCUGCGCAGCCGCAGGCGGCGGACGACGUCCUGCGGCUGCUGGACUCGCCGGCUCGCGCGUCCGACGCAGGCUCCGACGCCACGGGAGCUCUGUCGGACGGCAGCUGGGGGCCGCUCACGGACGGGGAGGUCUUGGAGCGGCUGCUGAAGGACGUGGAGCCGCACGAGUCGAUGCGCGACUUCGAGCGGCGCCUGCUUCGGGCGCGGGCGGUGCUGACGCUGCGGCGGCAGGCGGUGCCGGAGGGCGCCGUGGAGUUCGGCAUGAGGAAGGCCCGCUUCCUGGUGGAGGCGCGGGCUCACUGUGAGGGCGUGGUGGCCGCGCUGGAGGCGAGGCUGCACUCGGUGCUGGACGUGGAGACGGACGACGCCGACGAGGACGUGCGGGCGCUGAUGGACCUCCUCGCGGUGGCGCGCGGCGGCGGCAGUGCUCGAGACGCGGUGGCUGGCGGAGUUUCGGCGCGGCCCCCUCAGGAUCGAGCCCCUCCCGCCGGUCCCGCAGGCGUCGGCGCGGCUCCGGCGACGCCCGCCUUUCCCUUGUUCGGCGAGGACCUGCCGCCGGGGCUCCCCCCGAGAGGCGGGCCGGCCGAGGCGGGUGCAGCGGAGCCCAGCUUGGCGGUGGCGCUGCAAGGCCUCGCGGGAGCGCUCGGGCGGCGGGCCGACAAGAAGUCGUCCACGAUCCAGGUGAAGCCGCAGUACAGUCUGCCGACGUUGGGCGACGGCGACUUCGACGUGGACUCGUUCGUGGAGGAGUUCGAGGAGAUGGUCGGCUUGGCGAACGACGGCGCGGGCAUGUCGGCGACCGAGAUGGUGCGCGUGCUGGGGACCUGCCUGAAGGGCUCGCGGCAGCGGGCUUACAAGGUCGAGCUGAAGCAGGCGCGCCGUUCGGGAAGGCUGGCGGCGGACCCCGACGAGGUGUACCAGAGCCUGAAGGAGCGGCUGAUGGAGUUCAAGGAGGGCUUGCUUGAGAAGCAGCAGCGGCUCAACGCCGAGUGGAGGACGCUCUCGCGCGGCAAGAUGAGCGCGCUGGAGUUUCAGGCGACGUUCGAGAACAUCGUGGCGGAGAUGGAGCUGGCUGGGAUGGGCAAGUCCGACCGCGACCUGCUGCUCAGCUACCUGGCGCUCAUCCCCCCCGCGCACCGUGCUGAGGUGCUCAAGGGCCGCCGAGUGUAUCAGCGCUCUGGCGCUCAGCCCGAGGUCCGCGGCGUCGAGACUUGGAGGGAGGCCCGCCGCGCGCUGCUGAAGCUGGAGGAGGCCGAGAGCUCGGCCAAGGCGCUCGUCGCGGCGGUGGGCUCGGACUUGGCGCCCAGCCCGGGCGGCGGCGGCGGCCGGCGCCGGCGCGGAGGCGGAGGCGGUGAUCAGGAGCCGCCCGAGGUCGGCGCUGUCGGCGGCUCCGGCGGCGCCAGCGCUGAGGGUUCCUUGGAGAUCUGCUACCGGAUGAGGGACAGCGGCACGUGCGCGCGCGGAGACGCCUGCAGGUUCUCACACGACAGGGCUGCUAUCGCCGAGGCGCGGAGGACCAAGAAGGACGCGGCCGGGCCGAAGGGCAAGGGCGCGGACGGCAAGAAGGGCAAGGGCUCGGACGACGGCGGCAAGGGCGGUCAGAAGUCGCAGCUCUGCCUGCAGUUCCUCCGGGGUGCGUGCAGCAAGAGCGAGAGGGACUGCAAGUUCAGCCACUCGGGUAAGGCAGCUCAGAAGGUCAUCGCGGCAGUCUACGCUGGCGCGGCCGCAGCUAAGGCGCCGCCGCCGAGCCUCGGCAGCGCGGGCUCCUCCGGCAGCGGCCAGGGAGCAGCGCCUGCGGCCGAGGAGGCUGCGCGGCCGGCUGCCUCCGGCGCGGCGCCGAAGGUGCAAGCUGCGGCGGGUGGCAAGCUCGAAUGGGUGCGACCCUGUGGCGGCGUCUUCGGUCCGAGCUACGACCUCCCGCAAGUGAACGUCAUCAGGGGCUCGCCUUCGCCCGAAGGAGCGCUGAAGGACUUGGGCCAGAUUCCCGCCAGCGCCUGGACGCAGGUGCGGGAGCCCGACGACGGUUACCACUACUUGUGCCACACGCACGUCUACGGCCUCGGCAUCAGGACGCUCCUUGAUGGCAGGGCUGUGUUCUCCUUGACGUGGGAGGCGACAAUCGUUAGCAUCAUCAACAGUGCCAUCGCGGAGGGCAAGUCUCCAGAGGACCCCGACUGGCCGAUCGCGGGCCUGAUGCACUGGGGCCGGGACUCGAAGGCUUCAUCGGUGGCGGACAAGGGCGACCUGAAGAUCCGGGGCAUGGUGGACCUGCGCCUGGCCUUCGAUGGGCUAGAUGGCACGCGAGUUGUUCGUGUGUUUCGCCUUCGCCUUCUGCGCGGGGGGUGGGACAGGCCGCUUCUCAUCAUUCUUGGAGCCCCAGCGCUCGAUACUCCCCCCCUGGGAAUCGGGCACCGGCCUACGCUGCAGGGCCACUACCUGCCGGGGCUGGGCAUCACGGUCAAGCGCGCGGAGGCCGACGCGGUGCAAGCGAAGCUGUUGACCAUCGCGGCGGUGUUCUCGGAGUGCGAUGUCGACAGGCGUCGGGGCGAGGAUCGUCGGGCUGCCAGUGCUGUAGGAUCCCUAGUGUGGACCGGCGCGGCCUGCCCGAGCUACCCCAUCUGCAUGGUCGGCGGCCAGUGCCCCGCGGAGUUCGGCGGCGGCGACACGGGCGUGAUCGUCUUCGACGACUCGGAGUCCACCAUCCCCAUCUACCUGAGCGGCGAGGAGGGCGUGCGGCUGGAGCUCGGCGAUUGCGCACUGGUGCCAGCCCGCGCUAGCAGCUCCGCAGCGGGUGCCGUCGGCGAUGUGGUGGCGAAUGGCGCGGCGGCUGUCUGGGCCGCCCCCGGCCCUUGGCUCGGCCGGGAGCAGCUCGUCCUAGUCGGCAACUGGGACCAGCCCGGCGUCAGCAUCGAGGUCGGCGACAUCGUGGGCGCAGUGAUUCAGACCGAUGGCGAGCCGGUUCCGACGGACGAGUACUACGCCGAGCGUCUGGUCUACUGGCAGCGGAAGUACCCGAAGGCGGCUACCGCCCUUCUCGAGCACCUCUUGGCGGUCGAAGGCUUGCUUGACGUGUGCAUCGCGGCCGGGUACUCCAUGGGUGCCGAGAAGUCCCUCGAUAGGCUAGCACAGCCCUCCAUCGAGGCGCUCGGCGAGAUCGUAGGCCGCGAGGGCAGCGAGGCGUGCGAACGGCACCUGGAGCUUAUCAAGAACUGGUCAGUGCUCGAGGACGUGGCUGCGCUGCGACGGUUCCUUGGCACGUUCAACUGGAUCCGCGGCCACUUCCCCAAGGAGGUGCAGAAGCCGCUGGGGAUCCUCACGCAGCAGCUCAAGAAGGACGCCGAGUGGCCGAUGACCCCCGAGAAGGUCGCAGCCCAGCGCGCCAUUCAGCAGCUAGCGUGCGAGGCCAUCCGCCUCGCGGUGAUCGACAUGGUCGGGGCGAUCUCCAAGGACCGCCCGCUCGAGCAGGUCGCGGACUUCUGCCCCUACGGAUGGGGCGGCAGCGUGUAUCAGCUGGCCGCCGACCGGCGCACGCUCAACGUGUUGGCGAUGUACGGCGGCUGCCUCAGCUUGGCGCAGAGCAAUUGGCACCCCCGCCGGGGCGAGCUGCAUGCGCAGCGUGAAACCAGGCGGGAGGCACGUAAGGACUUCGGUCGGCUGCCCGCCCUGUGCUGGACGGACCACGCGGCAGCGGUGAAGGACGCGACGGGCGAAGCCGAGACGGACUCCACCGUCGUCCGCUGGGUCGGCGAGAUCGAGAGCGACGGCAGCAGACUGAUGAAUCUCUCCGGGCGCAGCGCGGCCCUUGGUGAUGGCCCCUCCCGAGAGAACGAGGCCCACGGCAAGUUUCUGCGCGAGCAGGCUCACUCCCUGGCGAACAUCACGAUCGAGGACAUCAUCGGCGAUGACUACCGCCCAGGUGAGGGCGCCCCUUGGGGCCUGGACGAGACCCCCGACGCGGCCGCCUUGCAGUUGGUAGCCGUGGCCGGGGCAGAGCGCGAGAAGGGCGACUCCAUCGCGCUGUACCUGCCCGACUAUGGGUGCGAGAGGCGGCGGGGCGCAGAGCAGGCGCGGGCAGCUCGACAGCUGCAGCUGGCCGCGCCAGGCUUGCGGCUUCGCAUGAUCCCGCACGACCCCCCGCUGGCGGACGGUGCCGGCGGCCUGUGCUACAUCGUCGUGAUCGGGGCCGGCCACGGCGGGCUGGUGGCGGCUGCAGCGGCCCACCCCAGAGUGGUGGAGGCCGCGCUCGCGCUGCGGUACGCGAGAGAGGCGGAGGGCAUGCAGAUCGCGGAGGCGUGUGUGAACAUCAGGGCGUUCGUGGCGAUCGGGCCGCGCGCCCAUAGCCCGAGCAAGAUCGGCUUCGUGCGAGAAGCGUUCCCUGAGUUCGGAGCGGCUGCCCACGGCGACGAGCGCCCGGCCCCCCUCUAUCUGGUUGAGGGUGCCGGGGCGCACCGCCGCUUCGGGCAGGACCUCGGCGAGGCGCUGGGCGUGACGGCGUCGGCCACGCUGGGCGAGGUCCUCAUGCAGGAGGUGGUUGCUGCCCCCCCGCGGCUGCUGGAGUUCAGCGGCGGCCGCUGCGCGUGCGGGCGGAGUUCGCUGGUGCUGGCGCGGUGCGGCCAGUGCAUCAGGGCCGACCGAGAGCUCGAGGAGGAGGCGCGGCUGGCCGAGGUGCCGGAGGACGCGUUCGAGGAGCCCGAAGCGGUCGACGUGGCGGCCUCGGCGGCGCGCAUGCGCGCUGUCCGCCCGCAGCCAGCAGUAGCUGUCGGGCCCGGCCCCUGCAUCGCCGUGUCGGCGGAACUCGUGCGGGACCUCCUGGAGUUCGGUGGAGGCCGAGCGGAUUUCACGUGCAACUGUAUCAGGGUCCGCCGAGCGCCGGCUGUUGGCGUCGUGGCUUUGGAGGCCGCGCGGGGAUACUCCUACCGGCUGUCGUGUUUCGUCGUGCCGCAGGGGCCCGAGCCGGGCGUAGAGGUGGCGCUGGCGCAGCCGUGCGUGGAGUUCGAGCUGGAGCUCGUCACGGAGAUCGACUUGGAGCGACUGCAGGUGGGCUUGCCGAAGGGCGCCGAGCUGAUCCAGCUAUUCGCGUGCGCUUGGCUGCUGUGGGAGGGCGGCGCGCGCCUCCCCGCUCUGGGCGCCACUCACGUUCAUCGGCGCUGCAGGGGGUCGGCCGUCAGCAACGGUGCGAUCAUCAAGGUGUCCUCCUACUCCUCCGCCUACUCCGAGGUCUUCGCGGGCGCUUUGGGGCUGGCAUGGUAUCGAGCAAUCCGCGAUCGCUUCGGUGGGCGGGCUUCAGGAGCCUUCGUCGAGUUCGCGGACUCCGACUUCGCGCGCGGCGAGCGGGAGGCAUUCGAGGUGCCGGACGUCCUCGGGGCGAUCACCAGCAUGCAGGCUCCGGCUUCUGAGCAGGCAUGCUCCAGAGCGGAGCCGACGGGAGGCGGCGAUCACGGCCCGACGUCAUCCGUCGCCGCUGUGGCCCUCGGGCGUGUAGCACGCGCCCCAGAGCGCGGCGCUGCAGCUUUCGACGCGGAGGUGGCGGACGGGCGCAAGCUAGAGGACGCCGACAUCGCGGUCAGGGAGGCGUACGCCGCGAAGGUGCGGGGCUGCGAGCCUGAGGCGGGGAGCGAGCCGUUCGAGCUGUCCAAGUCGCUUCGUGCCCACAUCAUCGGGGACCAGUGGAAGGAUGAGGAUCUCGGGCCCAUCUGCAUGCAGCUUCGCGCCGAGUCUGGCGCCGGCGACAGCCCCGAGGCGCGGCGUCUCGGUGAGGACUUCGCGCUCGAGCAGUUCGUGACAGUGGGCCCUGGGGAGCAGCGCUGGCUGCUAGUCCUCCCUGCAUCUGGCGGACCUGGCUCGGGCAUAUCGUGGAGGCGCUUCAUCUUCCUUCAUGUUCAUGCUGGUCCGUCGGGGGGCCACAAGACAGUGGUCGCUACUCGUGAGUGCGCCCGGCGGCUGGUGGUCUGGCCGGGGCUCGCGGCGGACAUCGAGAAGUGGUGCGCCAGCUGUUGGGCCUGCCUCCGAUUCAGGAAGCAGACUACGAAGGUUCAGGCCAGCUUCAUCGUGGCACGGCACCGGCUUCCAUUUCAUCAUGUGGUCAUCGACGUGGAGGGCCGCAUCACCCCCCCCGACGUCGACGGGUUCGCGUACGUGCUGACUUACAUCUGUGUGACGACGGGGGCCCCCCUUCUCGAGCCGCUCAAGAACUUGCAGCACUGCGAGGUUCGUCGCGCCUUCUUUCGAUGCGCGACUCGGGCCAAGACCUGGCCGAUGCUGGUGAGAUCGGAUCGUGGCAAGGAGUUCUGCAACGCUCUCAUGGAAGAGCUUUGGGCGCUCCUCAACUUCGCAGGCCGUUUCGGUACUUCGUGGAGGCCCUGUGAGCAGGCGGAUGCGGAGCGGUCCCACAUCGAGUGCGCGAGGGAGAUCGGCAUCUUCCUGCACGACGUCUUUAAGUGUGCCCCCGGCCAGUGGGCCGAGCUGCUGCCGAUCGUCGAGUUCGUGCUGUGGAACUCGCCCGGCAAGUCGGCGCUGUCGCCGAGGGAUCUCUGCAUGGGCUGGUCGCUGGCGUCGCCGCUGGAGCGGGAGCUGCUGCCGCUGGAGCCCGCCGUUCGCGAGGCAGUCUCCGACGUCGCGGCGGCACAGUUCGAGCAGUUCAGGCGCUUGCGAGAGGUCUACCUUCAGCAUCGGGCUCGAGCCGGCCGGCGCAGAGCGGAGCUGGCUAAUCGCACGAGAUCGUCGAGGCGCCCCGAGGUCGGGGACAUGGUGAUGUUCAAGGACCCGAAGCUCUCCAAGGCCGUGGCCGGGCACGCUCCGGGCCGCCGCCCACUGCGCGGCCCCUUCGAGGUCCUCUCCACGAAGGGCAACGUCGCUACGUUGCGAGACCCCGAGACCCGGCAGGUGCUCAAGGACAUCCACGGCGAUUUCUUGAUCGGCGUCCCGGGCUUGGUCGACGACACGGAGCGCAUCGUGAAGCUGGAGGAGGACGACGGCCGUGGCAGGGCCUCUGCUGGACAGUUGCUGGCAGCGCGGCUGGCCCCUGGAGGCGGCGAAGUGGCCGAGGCGCAGGCGCCGCGCCUGAGAGCGCGGAUGAGAGAGGUGAAGGUCGGGCGGCUCGUGGCCUACGAGGGCGAGGAGGCGAAGCGCUGCCGGGUGGGCAAGGUGCUGAGCCUGGCCGAGGUGGUCUGGACAGCGGCGUACGACCGCCAGGAAGGUGCGGACUUCCAGCGGCAGAGGGUCGAGACGCUGGAGGCGAAGCGGGUGCUGGGCGUCGUGGGGCUCAACAAAGGCGUGCUGAACCACGCGGCGGCGAGCAGACUGGCGCGGGCCGGCUGGCGGCUGGACGAGGGUGCGGUUCGGCGCGGCGCUUUGGCGGCGGCGGCAGUGGUGCCGGCCGCGCCGCGGCUCUCCGACCUCCCUUCGAGCCGCGUGAUCGCGCUCGUCGCAGCUUGCCGUCCGCUCGAGGAGCUCGACCUGAAGAUCGGCGAGGUCCAGGCUUGGGCGCACGGCGUCCCCCUCUUCGUGGAGAUCUUCGAUGGGGUCGGGAGGCUCUCGCAGGCGGUCCAGAGCUUAGGCGCAGCCAACGCGGUGUGCAGCGUGGUGGCCGGCAUCGACCUUAAGCGCAGGACGCGCGGGCAGUACUGGGACCUCAGCAGGGCCAAGGACCGCGCCCGGCUUCGCUACCUGCUCUUCGAAGUGCUGAAGCCGGCAGGAGCCCACUGGGCGCUUCCCUGUGCGAAGUGGAGCAGCCUCGGUGGCCACCAGCCCGACGCCAACGCGCACGCGCUAGCCUCCUUCACCAUGGACGGCCUCGAGCACCUCGACGGCGCGGGCUGUUUGGCCUCCUUCGAAGGCCCUCGAGCGCACGCGCUGGUGGCGAGCGCGGAGUGGCAGCAAAGGUUCGGGUCAGCUGAGGCGCCGCGCGGGCGCUGGCGGUACGUGCUCCCCGACGGCUGCAUGUUCCACUGCAGGAGCCCGGACGAGGAGCCCUUGGCCAUGCAGAAGCCGUACGUCAUCGUGGGCAACUUCCCGCUGGACCUGCUGGACGUUCAAUGCCGCCGUGGAGCGCUGCGGCCUCUGGGACGCGGCCUCGAAGGCGUCGAGGUCGCCUCCGUGGGGCAGAGCGGCGACGCCGGGAGCUCCAUGAUCGGAGCCGCGCGAGCGCUGGAGGGGCCCCGCAUGCCCUGCGAGCCGGGGCGCGCGGCCGCGCCGGCUGCUGGGGUGACUAGGUCGGUGGACAAGCUGAGCGACGCCGAGAUGGCGGAAAGGAAGGCGCGGCGCGAGCCAGCGGCGGCGGCGGCGAGGAAGAAGUGGGCCGAGCUGGCCAAGAAGGGUGACUGGGACCAGGUGCGGAUGCCCGGUAAGUGCUUCAGGUUCGCCGAGGUGAAGGUCUCGCCGAGGCGCUCGGCGGAGUACAAGGCCAAGGUUUUGGAGGCGGUCGGGCUCGUCGGCGAGUGCGCGGGCUACAAGCACUUGGGCAGCCAGGAGCUGGAGGCGCUGAAGGAGAUGAUCAGCCUGAAGGCCGAGGCGUUCUGGGUGAAGGGCACCGCGCGCACGGUCAUGCGCGGCUUCAAGCACGACGUGGUGACGACUGGCUUGCCGGUGCGCGGGCCGCCGAUCCGCUUGAAGGGCCCGGAGGCUUCCAUCGUCCGCGAGGAGCUCGAGGCGGGCGUAGAGCAGGGGCUGUACUCCCGGGGGACUUCGCCAUGGGGCAGCUGGGCCUUCCCGACCAAGGAGCACGCGAGCGGCCGAAGGCGUCGGACCGUCGUGGACUACAGGAUGGUCAACCGCAGGAUGGUGAUGUUCGUGUACUAUAUCCGCCGGUGCCGAGAUGUCAAGGGGGAGCUGGUGGGCUGCGCCUUCAUCUCCGGCAUGGACGGCGCUCGCGGCUUCAACCUCCUGGUCAACACUGAGCACGCGAAAGAGGUCCUGGCUGUGCUGGCGGACUGCGGCUGCUACCUCCCCGAGGUGCUGCAGCUGGGGCCAGCGACGGGGCCCUUCGACUUCCAGUUCUGCACCGACGAGCUGUUCACUGGCACUGGCCGCGGACGCUACGGAUCGGUCUGGAAGAACUACAUCGACGACUUCUGGGUCAGGGCGGGGCAGUGGCUGAACGGUCGCGCCUACACCGACCGAGAGUACGAGGAGAUGCUGGCGGCGGCGCCCCCCCCCCCGGCGGCCUCGCGUCCGCUGGGCGACUCGCUAGCAGCGGCCGGGUUCGCGGGGACUCGCAAGGCCAGCCAGAGCUACGACCGCGCCAAGAGCAUGCUCGUGGGGCUGUGCGUGGCGCAGUCGGCCACGGGAGCGGCGGCUAUGGAGGGCGGCGGCGUUGCCUUGGCGAACGGCCUCCGCGUGCUGGUGGUGGCUGCCGCGGUGCGCGCGGCGUCCUUGAUGGACGAGGGGCUGCGCGCUGGCGUGCAGCUGACGCAGGACAUCUUCGAGGCGGCCGGCGACCUGGUCCAGAGCGUCUCCUGGAACCUCAGCGGGCUCGUUCACGAGGUUUGCGAGGGGGCGGUCCUGGUGGUGCGCGUCGCGGUCGUCGUGCAGUGCUGCUACGCUCUUUACUGCCUGCGCUCGUGGGUGGCUUGCCGUGCGCAGCGGGCGGCGCUUGAGCGUGCCGCCGCCGCCGGCGAGGCGGCGCAGCGCGGACUCACGUCCAGCGCGCGAGCCUGCGAGGCCGGCGACGGGCCCGCCUUCGGCAGCGAGCCGAUGGCCAGAGCGGCAGCCGCUGGCAGGAGCCCGAGCGGAGCUAUCUCAUCAGCAGAUGGCGCCGCCAGCCCUGUGGUGGCGCUGUGGCGCGAGGCGCAGUUCGAGACGCCCCUGAUCGGAGCGGCGGCACGCCCCCGAGCGGAGGUCCUCCAGAUCCAGAGGAGCGCAGCCGUGGCACUGCGGGACCUGGAGCAUUCGGACCGCCAGCGUGCCGCGCGAGCGCGCGACCUGGCUGCCUGCGGCGCGGUGGUGUCCGCGAAGCUGGUGGAGGCAGCGCGCAGCACGGCGGCGAAGGACGCGGGCGACCUGUGCGAGUUCGAGGUUGAGGUGGCAGGCAGCCGCGGCGUGCGGUAUGACGUGCGACUUCGCGCUGGACGCUUGGCUGCGGCGCUGCCCCCCGCAUCGUGCACCUGCGCGGACUUCGUCAGCGGCGGCGGCGGCCCCUGCAAGCACAUUGGGGCGGCCUGGUGCUGCGCGGUGGACGGCAACUUCAGCGAGCUGGUGGAGCUGGCGCUUGCGGCUGGCCGCAAGGAAGGAGCUGCCGGAGGCCCUCAGCGACGUGCAGCCCUGGCGCCGAGCGACUCCCUUGGCCUCGCGGGGGCCGUGCGGGAGCUCCGCGACUCGGAGGCCGAGGUUGUUCGCCUGCGCGAGGAGGUCCAGCAGCUGAAGGCGCAGCUGGGGGUGGCCUCCAGGCGCGGAGCCGUGACCGAGUUCCUCUCGGCGUCGGAGACGCUGGCGGCGUGGGCGCGGGCCUGCGGCGAGGCCGAGAGCUACGUGUACGUGGCGUGCUUCACCUUCGACCAGCCGGGCGUGGUGAACUACCUGGAGGCGGCUCGAGCUCGAGGUCUCACCGUCCGCUUGGUGUUCAGCGGCCGUGACAAGGCCUUGACCAACAACCAGGGACCGCGCCUGCAGCGGUUGCGAGCUUGUGGUUGCGAGGUGCGUGCGCACAAGGGCUCGCGGCUGCACGCGAAGGUGAUGAUGACGGAGCGCGAGAUCGUGCUGGGCAGCUGCAACUUCACGACCGCCAGCUUGAGCAACGUGGAGCGCGGAGUGUCGUUGCAGGAGCUGUCCGAGGGGGCGGUGCUCGAGCAGAAGGAGUGGUUCGAGCAGCUGUUCGAGGCGGCGGCGCUCUUCAAGGACGGGAUCGGCGAGGUGGUGCCUCCGUCGCCGGCCCGGCCUAGCGGCCGUGGCGCCGAGGGCGAUGCAGCGCUGGAGGCAGCUGGGGCGAGAGGCCUAGCCGCCGUGGCGCUGAGAAGACGAGAGCGUGGCAUUUUGCUACGCCGUCGACGCCCGGCAGCGCCGGGACUUAUGAGCGACUACUCGACGAUGCACGACGCCGAGUUCGGCGACCUUGAGGAAUUCAUCGACUUCAAUUUUGUGUGGCUGCACUUCGCG